AUGGCAGGAAACGAACCUGACUUCACCAACAUGCGACACUUAGCCGAGACCACUACACCAUCGUGGUUGUUGCGUGGUCGUCACAUUUGGAAUCACAAAAUGAGUUCUGUAGGACUUGAACCGCAAUGGUACAUUACACAGCGUGUAGUCUUUACCACUAGACCACUUGCUCGAUGUUGGAAACCAAUCGCAACUUAUUCACCUUAAUCUUUUUUCUCUAGCUCGUGUAAUAUAUAUUCGACCCAUUUAGUUCGGUUUGUCGGCCUGACAAAAAUGGAAGAAUUGCCUCAGUUCUAACGGUAGCAACGGCAAUCUAAAAGAGUGACGCAGAGCCAGAGGCUUUAGUUGAAUAUGAUUACGAUUAGUAUUGAGAUACGAGCAGAGCCGCUGGGCGAAGGAACGCAGGCGGGAAGGGGCGAAGGCGUGGCUUCCCGCCUUCCUUGCCUUCGCCUAAAGCCUCUGCGCAGGAGAGACCACUAAACGUAAAACAGCGUGGCAUUGCCGAUGAAACUUGAUAUGCCAUUAUCCAUAUGCUGUCAAACCAAAUUGCUAGAAACAUCACGUACGUAGAUUGACUAGCCAAACAUUUCAUUAAAUCAACUUGGGAUAUAACCAAUUAAUGCCAUUUGCCUUUCGAUUUGCGUGGUUGCGUCGCUCUUCACGGCCAACUGAUGGUCACAAUAAUAGAGCCAGUUAUUCCAUCGAUGAUAAGUCGCGGCUUUAUUUCGCGUAGGAGGUCAGUUUAUUCGUAGUAAGCUCAUAGGUAUAAAAGCUAGUCCAAAAAAGUCCAAAAAUUGACUGUUUAUACGAGUUGUUCGUGACCCGAUUGGGUAAAACGCGGAUAUGCAUUUGAAAGAGCCGAAAAGUAUAUUUAAUUUUACACCAUAUCACUGUUUUAUCCGACUGGAUAAAACGCGGAUAUGAUGUUUAAAACAUAUUUUGGAGAAAAAUAGGUCAUCCGUCCGUCCGUAUCAGCUGUCCGUAUCAACGGUGUGUGGGCUUUGUAUCAAACAUCAAAUAUGCAUGGACACUCUUUAUUAUUGUUUCCAGUUGAUAAUAGAAAACAGAUUCUACUUUCGGUGGUAAGUCAUUAGAGACCUUAAGAUUGACGUUUACGGCAAACGUCAAACCGCUAGCGAGGUUUUUGAUUUUACAACUCUAUUAUAAUAGCUUUUACACCAGUUUUGAAAUAUGUUAAACUUAUUAAACUUGUGCUCUUUAGCAAUGAUUUAAGAAAGCAAAUUAACCACUAGUCAUGCCAUUCACUAAAGCAGUAAAUUUAGAUUUGGCGUUUGAAGUUGACGUUUGGCGUAUAAAUUUUAUGCUUGAACUGCUACGAGGGCUUGUAGUCGUUAAAGCAUGAAAUUUAUACGCCAAACGUCAACUUCAAACGCCAAGUCUUAAUUUACUGCUUUGGUGAAUGGCAUGACUAGUGGUUGAUUUGCUUUCUUAAAUCAUUGCUAAAGAGCACAAGUUUAAUAAGUUUAACAUAUUUCAAAACUGGUGUAAAAGCUAUUAUAAUAGAGUUGUAAAAUCAAAAACUUCGCUAGCGGUUUGACGUUUGCCGUAAACGUCAAUCUUAAGGUCUCUAAUAAGUGUAGAACAGUAGGUAGAACAGUCUAAAUAACACUCACAUGUAUAUUCAUACCAGUCUAGAGAUGGGUAAACAAACAAUAUAUAGUAAACAAACCGAGGGCCCCAAGUCACAAACGUUUAAGGAUUUUAAAUAGACAUGCUAAUAUAGUAUAGCCUAUAGAGUUGAACUAAUACGCGGGUAAUAUACCAGAAAUAUUUGAGUAUGCUAAGUUUCAAAAUUCAAAGAACACCAUAUCAAUAGGAUAAACAAACAAGACAAAAAAUCAUGUUGCAUGUUGCAAUAGAUAUUUCUAGUUAUGUUAGAAAUAUGUCCCGCGAUCCAUUGCAAGUCCGCGGUUCACUUCAUGAACGUAGGGCGAUUUCACAUUGAUCAAAAAACGAAGAAUUUUCGCACAGAAAAUUGGGGAACCUUAACACUGGGCCUUAAACCUGACAAAGGAGAUAUAGAACGAAAUAGGGAUAGUAAAUACAACAAGCUUUCAUUUAUAUAAUCCUACAACACUGUAAAUUUAAGGGAGCUGAAUAAACUCUAAAAGUGUUGAUUAAACUCCUUGAAAUUUACAGAGAACUUAUAGUGGCAAUAUAGACCUUCGAUUAUGACAAACACUCGAUAGUCACUUAGUUGUAAACUAAAAUACCAUCGCUCAUAUAUACAUGUUGCCAUUUGCCGUUGGUAUUUGACAAUGGAUUUCACAAGGCUUUAAUUUUACUAAUUUAGAAGCUUAUAACAUUGAGAGGGGAGAGGAGGAAACGGGAAAUUACCAUUUUUGCAAGGAAAUAAUCGGGCAAGCACACACUGUCCAUAAUAUUUUUUUACCAGGAUUGUAUAGCUAAUGCGCAUGUGCAAAUGCUGUGUAUUAAUGCAGGUGCUCAGAUGGAGUUGAUCGAUAUCGUCAAGAGUGGUUUUUCUAUCGCUGUCAACGGAAUAAUCAGACAACGGUUGGUUGCAUAAUUCAUCAUUAAAUUAUACAUUCAAUUUGUGCACGACCACACCAUUAAAUAUUCAAGAUUUUGGGCAUCUCGCUGGAUAGAAAUAUAUGUUGGAGGGGUUUUGCAUGGAAAUUUCGAGCAGAAAAUGUACAUUCAUUGUUUAGACUGUAUCUACAAAAUGUGGCUACUUUUCGCUCGAAAUGUCCCUUCACUAGCAGGGAUGUAGCGACUGGGGGUGUAUCACCCCCCCCCCCACCCCACACACAUACACACACAAUCAGCACAAGCGAGAAAAUCAGGUAAAACUCUUAAAGGCUAAUGCAAGCGAAAACAACGCGUACUUUUUAAAACAAUGGAUGAAUAAGCUGUUCUCAUUUCAUGAUAAUUAUGUAAAACUGAACCGCUACAAAUUCUAACAUUAUUUACUAACGUCAUUUCAGUGUCCUGCAGAACCGCCAACAACCUCAUCAGCAACAACAAUAAAGCAAGUCCAUAAUGAUACAACAACACAAAAUACAAACUAUACGAAUAAAACAACGGAAGAAAUGAAACCAAACCUAACAAUGGAGGCAUCCAGAGGACCAACUAAGAUAAACGAAACGACAGGUUCCCCCAAAAAAUCAACUGGGCCAGUCCAGACACCAACAAUAAAACUUCCAACUAAAACAGUAAAGCCAACAGAGAAAGCAAAAGUCAAUCAUACAAUGCCCAGUAAAAAAUCGCUCAACAAAGAAACGGUUAUUUUCUCAGAUAAAGUCACUACAAUUACACAAAAUCCUUCAACAAGACCAAUGAAUAGAAAUGAGAGUAAUUGGAAAAAUACGAAUAACGGAGUAGUCAAUGUUCAGGGAAAUCAAAGUGCCAGGUCUGGUUCUCGUAACUCAGCUGUCAGCGGUGUAGGAGUUGGUUUGAUAGUACUUAGUCUUGUGAUAAUAUUGGCAGCCCUUUGUUGGUUUGUCUACGCAUAUCAUCACCCACAAUCCAGAUCGGGCAGGUUCUUGAUUGAGGUAAGAAAAGGUUCUGUAUAAUAUGAGAGAUCGUAGGUUGACGUUUACGGCAGGGGCGGUUGUAUAAAAAAGUGAUUAAAGUUAAGUGAUUAAAGUUAACUAUAGUUAAGACUUAAGUGGAAACGUCAUCCAAUAAGAAGCGCCUAUUUGAGAGUUAAUUACUAUUUAACUGCAAAAUAGUGAUUAAAAAAGGGAAUUAAGAGUUUUAUACAACCGGCCCCAGAUCGCUAACCGCAAACUUCAAAUCGUAUAAGUUAACCAAAGUGCAUGAGGGCAAUCUGUGCUUUAAAAUUGAAGAAUGAAUUAGCUACUUACUCAGCUGUCGAAGGCGUGUAGAACUCUUCAUAUUCGAUUUGAAGUUUGUUAUUUGCAGUUAGCCGUCUGCCGUAAACGUCAUGCAAUCUUAAAGUGUAUAUUAUAUAAUAUUGAACUGUCUGUGCCAGUGUAGGUAGUGCUAAAAGUAUUUUAAUAUUUUUGCCACUACAAAACAAACAAGCUUCGUUGGUAGGGAUGCAACUAUCUGAAAAAUAUAAGAAUUUAUUUUCCAGGUAGUUGCAUCUCCUUAUAUUUUCCAGGUAGUUGCAUCUCUAUACCAACGAAAGCUUGUCUAUAUUAUAUACUAUAUAACAGGUUGUUUAGCAGUCAAUAUUUUAUUGACGCUGUAUAUUUCAAAGUGUGUAUAUUCUCAUAGUGAUAUAUUGAUUUGUGUGCAUGAGUGUGUUGGAUCCCAUCCUUGAUAAAUGACAUACUUAUCUAUAGAGAUUGAAAUAGACCAAUAAUUAUAUAGGUGGGUUUCAAGCAAUCGCCCACGAGACUUUGACAGAAGAGGCCAAAUAAUGAGAUUCUAUACUGAGAUUCGUUCGUUUAAAUACCCUCCAUGCAUGCAUUGUAUUCAGCUGGCGUAUGAUAAAAAACUAUCAGAUUAUAGGCCCGUUUACACGACAGUCAUUUUGGGUGUACGGCACACGUGGACUUAUGCAUAAUGACGUCACAAAGCUUGAUGCCCGCGAGGAAUGCUGGUCUUAGUAGUCAUCGCCCGGGAAAAUUAAACAAUUCAAAAUGGCCACUAUCGAAAUUUUCCCGGGCGAUGACUACUAAGACCAGGAUUCCUCGCGGGCAUCAAGCCUUGUGACGUCAUUAUACAUAAGGUCUAUUCCUGCAAGCUCUAGAUUAACAAAAUAAAAGUUUGAAACUUAAAUAGAAUGCAUGAAUGAAAAUGUUGACUCUCAUGCUCGUUUGAUCCAGGCUUAACGCAUUUGUAAUUUAUCUUCUACAGCACCGCAAUCCUAAGAAAUGGUUCAAACAUUCUGAAGACACAUCGAGUGGGGGAAUGCAUUACAAAACAAAAUCUAUGGAACUGACCGAAUCGUGA